UCCCAUUCUCACAUAUAUAAAAUCCCCCCACGCCCAGCAUUUCAAUAUAUUACACCCAUAACCCCGGAGCUCCUCCAUUUCUUCUCCCAACAUUGACCUUUAUUUCUAUAAUCCAAUUUCUUUAUACAAAUUCUGAUGAUCAUAUAGAAGGAAGAAAAAGGAAGUUUUGUAUAGAAAGAUUUUUUUUUUUUCCAUUUUAUAGUCCGAAGAAUUCAAGAAAUAUUUAGAGAAAAUGUGCUCGACAAAGCAAAAGCUCAAUAAAGAUUGGAUAGAAGAAGCACUCUCCGGCGGGUCAUUAAAGCCGGUCGAUUUGAAUAACGGAACAAACGGGUGGGCGUCACCACCCGGAGAUCUCUUCAAGCUCCGCGGCCCCAAUUACUUCACUAGAAAGACAAAAAUAACCUCAGGCGACUGGCUGUUACAGCCCGCGGGAGUCGAUUGGCUGCGGUCGAGCUCGAAACUCGACCACGUCCUCGCGCGUAGCGACAAUCGCGUGAUGCAAGCGCUGAAGAAGGCUCACUCACAAGGCGCGUGCUUAAAAACCUUCAUACUCGCCGUGAAUCUUCAAAUCCCCGGGAAGGACCAUCACAGCGCGGUUUUCUACUUCGCCACGAAGGAAAACCGCCCGCUCGAACCCGGUUCGCUCCUCUACCGAUUUGUUCACGGGGAUGACUCGUACCGUAAUGCCCGGUUUAAAAUAGUGAACCGGAUCGUUAAAGGACCGUGGAUUGUGAAAACCGCGGUGGGUAAUUACUCGGCGUGUAUACUAGGCAAAGCUUUAAAUUGCUAUUAUCACAAGGGAGAUAAUUACUUAGAAAUCGACGUGGAUAUUAGUAGCUCGGCGAUUGCGAAUGCGAUUUUGCAUUUGGCUUUAGGGUACGUAACGUCGGUGACGAUCGAUAUGGGGUUUUGUGUGGAGGCGACGACGGAGGAGGAGUUGCCGGAAAAGUUGUUCGGAGCGGUGAGGAUUUGUCAAAUGGAAAUGAGUUCUGCUGCUUUUAUUGAAACGACGUCGUCGUCGAGGAAGGUAAUAGCAAAUGGUCAUUUUAACCAUAGUAGUAGCAAAGUGCAGGCUGAGGAGGGCGAAAAUGACGAAGAGAGAUGAUUCUUUUUAAAUUUUUUGUUGUUGUUGUAAUUGUUGGAAAAAUUUAAUGAUGUGAAAAUUUUAGUGGUCCCUGGUACAAAAAUCUAUGUUGACAAUUAAUAAAAAGAAUUUUGCAUCUCUAAAA